CUUCGUCCCCUAUCCAAACUUUUCCUGAAGUUUUCUUCACGGCAACUACGGUACGAAAACAUUUCUGAAGAAAAGCCUUUCAUAGUGACCUAAUAUCGAUCACCGCAACUUGUUCAGCCCACCAAUUCGCGCAAUGGCGAACUAUUAUAUCGAGAAUAAGAAUGUCGGGGAUAGGACUAAUUCGGAAGAUUGGCGUAUUCGGGGAUACAAUCCAUUGACUCCACCAGACCUACUCCAACAUGAGCUCCAACAGACCAGCAAUUCAAAAGCAACUGUAUUGAAGGCUCGAGAAGAGACUGUUGCGAUCCUCCAUUCCAGAGAUCCGCAAAAUCGUCUCCUCGUCGUUGUUGGCCCAUGCUCCAUUCACGACCCCAAUGCUGCCCUCGAGUACGCCCGUCGCCUUCUCCUCCUCAAGGAGAAGUACCAGAACGAGCUUCUCAUUGUGAUGCGCGCCUACCUCGAAAAACCGCGCACUACCGUCGGGUGGAAGGGACUCAUCAAUGACCCGGACAUUGAUGGGUCUUUCCAGAUCAACAGGGGGCUUAGGAUUAGUAGGCAAUUGUUCAUUGACCUCACCGAGCUUGGGAUGCCACUCGCUAGUGAGAUGCUCGAUACUAUUUCUCCACAAUUCCUUGCGGAUAUGCUGAGUGUUGGUGCUAUUGGUGCGAGGACUACUGAAAGUCAGUUGCAUAGAGAGUUGGCGAGCGGUUUGAGUUUCCCUGUUGGCUUCAAGAAUGGAACCGAUGGAAGCCUAGAUAUCGCAAUUGAUGCGAUUGGAGCCGCCAAGGGCUCUCACCACUUUCUGUCGGUCACCAAGCCCGGUGUCGUUGCAAUUGUGGCUACAAUGGGCAAUGAGGAUUGCUUUGUUAUUCUCCGUGGCGGGAAGAAGGGAACAAACUAUGAUGCAGCAAGUAUCAAGGAUUCCAAGGAGAGGCUUCGUGCGAAGGGGACCCAGGACAAGCUUAUGGUUGAUUGCUCUCACGGAAACUCUGAGAAGAACCAUCUCAACCAGCCUAAGGUUGCUGCUUCGGUUGCAGAGCAACUCCGUAACGGGGAGGACUGUAUCAUGGGUGUCAUGAUUGAGUCUCACAUUAAAGCCGGUAAUCAGAAGGUGCCGGAGGAAGGAAAGGCAGGUCUCAAAUACGGUGUUAGUAUUACAGACGCCUGCAUCAAUUUCGAGGAUACCGAAGGCGUCUUGGAGAUGCUUGCGGAUGCCGUCAAGGCUAGGAGAGAGCUAUUGAGUGGGGAACCAGGCGUCAAUGUCGCUGAGAGCCGGCCCCGUCUCGAUCCGGUGGAUGGACUUUAG